AUGUUGAAUAAGAUCCCCCACUGGUAUCUCCCGCAGAAAUUCACAUUUCUUCAUCCUUCUGGGGUUGUAUCAUAUGCGGUUAUCCGGCCACCUUCUCCAAAUGCCCGCUGCACAUCAAUUGCUAGUAAUAAUUUGCCAGUACUUCUUGCACUGCAUGGUGCUGGAGUAGAAGCAGACGAUCCUCAGUCUAAAGAGCAAUAUGAUGCACUGCCGGACCUUUGCUCCUGGCUACUCAUUCCAAGCGGUGUCACAUCAUGGAGUGGUGAUGAUUGGCACGUAUGGGGGUUUCCGGAUGCUGAAGCAGGAGUUAAUGCAAUUCCGCAAUGGAUGAAAAGUGUCGGGUGGGAAAGACAAGGUGUAGACUUGGAGAAAUGGGUAAUAACCGGACAUUCCAAUGGGGGACAGGGCGCCUGGUAUGGGCUUACACACAGAAAUGAUAAGAUAAUCGCCGCCGCGCCAUUAUCAGGGUAUCUGUCAAUUCCAGCCUAUGUCCCAUAUCACAUGUGGCAUGAGGUUGACCCUAGGAAAAUGGCUAUGAUCCUUAUGUCCUUGAACACCUAUAGAAACGAACUUUUAUCUGGAAAUAUCGUCGGCACUCCUGUGCUACAGCAACAUGGUCAAGAUGACGACAAUGUUCCUAUUUUUCAUUCAAGACGCAUGUCGCAGCUUCUAUGUGAAUCAGGCUGGGGAACUGAAUAUCUGGAGAUUCGCGGACGGGGUCACUGGUGGGAAGGUGUGAUGACUGACGGGAGACUGGCUUCAUUCCUUGAGUAUUAUCUUCACGAAAAGCCCGAGAUUCAAGCUUUGCCCGAUGUAUUCUCAGUUGUGGUUGCCAACCCAGCAGAUACUGCCGCCAGAGGAGGGAUCGUGGUUGACCAAUUGGAGACUCCAGACCAAAUUGGUCGCAUUGAUGUAGAAGUUCGUGGUGAAGUUUGGAAUCUAAAGACGUUCAACAUCCAUAGAUGGCACUUUGAAAAGCCGAGGCCAGCCGAAACUAGCUUACCGAGUCGAGUGAUAGUUGAUGAUCACGUGUUUGAUUUAAACAUUACCCACAGCUCUAAGGAUUAUGAUUGGUUCUCCGUGUCAGAAGACGGAGAGUGGUUUAAAACUGAUGACCCAAACUGGAAAUUACGCGAACGGAGUGGCCGACAAAUGGGAGCCUUGGACACCGUAUUGGGAUCCGGAUCCCGUUUCAGUAUCUUACUUCCUGAAAAGGAUAACUAUGAGAGUUAUCAUUAUGAUGUUGCUCUUGAAAUAUCACGAAAUCUUUUCCAAUAUUUCGCAGCAGACUCGGAAAUAAUUGUCAACGGCUCGCGGAAGCCGAUCAUCGGGGAUGGGAAUCUUAUUCUUCUUGACUUUCCAGAUGACAUUAGUAUUGAGACACAAGAUAUUGAUAUAAACUUUCCAAUCACAAAGUCUGGAAAGGCUAUUGUGAUCGUCGACGACCGGGGUCGUCGUCAUCGAUAUCCACUGGAACCCGUCAUAUGGGGUACGGAUGAAAUGGGCCUUCGCACUGCUGCACGCAUGCUGCCGUUGAGGACAGGUGUUGGUCAACCAAACUUUAUUGUUGUCGGGAAUGAGAUGAAAUGGGGAGGAGCCGGGGGUGCGAAAGCAAUGGGGAUGUUUGAUUACCUAUGGCGGAUAUACAAUGCGUCUGCAACAAAUACUCCGAAAUUAGAACCUUCCAGCAGCUUCAAGAGGCAGCCUCUGGUUUCAUCAAAGAUGACAAACUCUAAUGCUUUAAAUGUUAUGGCUCACGAGGAAGAAGAGGAUGACCGUACAAGGACUCCUAAGCAAGCUAAAGCUAUCACCCAGGGCAACAACACAGAGGUUCAAAUGCUUCUUGCCAAGCUCGCUGAGCAGGAAAGAUUGAUCGAUCAACAACGGACAGCCCUUGAUAACAAAGAGAAGGAACUUGCCAAUGUUAGGACUGCUGCUCCAUUGGACUCCUAUCCUGGUGUUCCGUCUUACAAUAACACUAUCAGGGUGUCAAGUGGCUCGAGUUCAUCUCUCUCCAAUGACGUUUCUCCAGAUGUUUCAAUUGACAACUCGGAAACUUAUGGCUACCGCCCAGCUGCCCAACAUCAAAACGUUCAUGAACUCAACCGACUGCAGACAGAGUUGCAGGCCGCUCAGAGCAAUAUCUCGGCUUUAAAUCAAGAACUUGUUCAGACUAGAAUUACCAAUCAUACAUUUGAUCAAGCUCUAAGCCCAUCUAGAGAUGGCAAAUUUCCAUUGGAAGAAGAUGUCCCUGAACAUACUCUGGCUGCACUUCAGACAGCGUUUGCACAGGCUCAACUUGGCCAAACUGCACGUCAAAAUGUCCAUAGAACGGAUAUCUGGACUUCUUCUUAUGAAGAGCCAGUUGCAGAGAUUAACCAAGAAUUCCACCAAGGUCAAUCUCUUCCAAAUGGACCUUAUAAUAGACCUUCUAAUAUUUGGGGAGCUUCUUCGAAGUCUGUUACGUCACAGAACCCCGCGCUACCAUUGACUGGUCAAUCGGACCUGCAUUACUCUAAUCCUCUUCGCCGUGUCUCUGCACUUGAGCCUAACGAUGUUUAUGUUACCGGCAACCGUGGAUGGAAUGGCAGUCGCUCUUUCACUAGCCAAGCUGGUCCCCCAAUUGCCGGGUUCCGUCGAUCUUCUUAUAAUCCUCAGGCUGUACCAUUUCGUUCGGGCUUUGACCAUGGAACGAUUGGUGGAGAAAAGGUCACAUCGAAUGCAUACACCCCAAGCCCCAUUGGUACACCCCUUUCUACUUCUUCAAGUAAUGAAUUUGCUGCUGCCACUGGGAAUAACAGUGCCAUCUGGGGACCACAGUCUCAAAGCCCCCAGCAGCAAACAUAUAUCUCCACAAUGGAGCCUUUGAAUUACAGACGGCUUCUUGAGAGAAGUGUCAACUGUAACUGGAAGUACAUCGUAGAUAAGAUUGUUUGCAACAAUGAUCAACAGGCAUCUAUCUUUCUCCAGCAGAAACUCAAAAUUGGCACCGCAGAACAAAAGCACGCAAUAGUCGAUGCAAUCGUUGCACAGGCUUAUCCAUUGAUGAUCAAUCGUUUUGGCAACUUUCUUGUGCAGCGCUGUUUCGAACACGGCACCUCGAAUCAGAUUGACGGGAUUGCUAGUGCUAUCCGUGGAAAUACGUUAACUUUAAGUAUGGAUGCUUUUGGAUGCCAUGUUAUCCAAAAGGCUUUUGAUUGCGUUUCAGAGGAUUUUAAGGCCACGAUGGUCGCCGAACUCCUCCGCCGAAUUCCCGAGACAGUAAUCCAUAGAUAUGCCUGCCAUGUCUGGCAAAAAUUGUUCGAGCUUCGAUGGACCGAAUCUCCUCCACAGAUUAUGAAAUAUGUCAAUGAGGCGUUGCGUGGAAUGUGGCAUGAAGUAGCUCUGGGAGAAACCGGAAGUCUUGUCGUUCAAAAUAUUUUUGAGAAUUGUCUUGAAGAAGAUAAGCGCCCUUGUAUCGAUGAGGUCCUAGAAUGUAUUAACAUUAUUGCACAUGGACAAUUUGGAAACUGGUGCAUUCAACACAUUUGUGAGCAUGGAGCUCCAUUAGAUCGCACCAGGGCAGUUGAUACAGUGAUCCAAAAUGCUGCGGAAUAUAGCAUGGACCAAUAUGCAUCCAAAGUGGUCGAAAAAUGUUUGAAGAUUGGAGGCGCAGAAUUUCUAGAGAGAUAUCUCGAUCGCGUCUGUGAAGGGCGUACAGAUCGUCCUCGUAUCCCUUUGAUUGACAUUGCGAGUGAUCAGUAUGGAAACUACCUCGUUCAAUGGAUCCUUCAACAUGCCUCACCUCAACAUAAGGAGCAAGUCGCUGCCCAUAUCCGCAAACACAUGGUGUCCUUACGUGGAAGCAAGUUCGGCUCCCGUGUUGGCAUGCUUUGCUGCAACCCUAUGUACAACAGGCCAGCACAGGGUACCCCUCCGGCGGCCGCACCUCGUUAUAGCAGGUACGGAUACCGCUAG